AUGUUGCCUGUCGAUUCACUAACUCGCUACACAGCUCCCAAGACAAAGAGUUUUCAGCUCAUAUUUAUAAAGCUCACAACACCCACUAGAAACAACAUACCCUACUACAUCGAAAUUAGGUUGAUAAAGUUCGCCAUGUCACACAACGUUGAGAAUCUGUCCCUCGAUUUCUCUCGUAGUUAUUAUUAUUAUUAUGGAUAUAUGCUUCCUGAUUUCUUCUACAGCAGUUCUUCUGUCAAGCAACUCACCAUGACGUUAGGCUCUUACCAGACGAUUGUUCCCGAGUGCACUGUGUCUUGGACAUCCUUGCAGAAGUUAUCCUUGAGAUUUUGUAGACUCUCUGAUGAAUCAAUGGCCAAGAUUCUAUCCGGUUGUCCUGUCCUUGAGAACUUAACAUUGUAUCACUGCAGUGAACUAGAGGUUCUUGAUCUCAGCAAAUCUCUACGUCUGAGAACAUUCGUGAACGUUUGCGGGCCAAACCAGAUUUUGCAUGACUCUCACUUAUCAUGUUCUUUGGUUGAUAUCGCCUCUUUGACCGAAGCUAAUCUGGAAAUUUCCUCUAUCCCAUUGAACCCUGAAUUUAAUGGUGUUUUUCUCCAAGGCACGGUAAAGAUGCUAAAAGAGUUAAAGAACGCAGAGAAGCUUAAGCUUGGGAGAAACUUUAUUCAGAUUUUAUCUCUUGCUGAGAUUGGUGGUGUUCCUUUUCCGAUGUUCAAGGUCAAAGUAUUGACUCUUGAUACUAUGAUCUGUCAGUGUGUCAUUCCUGGUAUAGAAAGACUGUUACAAAACUCUCAUGAUUUAGAGAAGCUAAUAAUAAGUGGAAGGAGUUGCAGCAGCAUACUGGAGGGGGUGCAUCUUGCUGAAUACUUCAAAUCGCAAUCCUUGAAUACAUAUCAAUGCUGGAGAUCAAAAGAUGGUUUCAACUGGAAUACGUCUUGUUGGAAUUUACAACCAAAGCAUGUCACUUCAUUUGUGGAGCUUGUUCUUAAAAACACGGAGAAAUUAGACAAGAUGGACGUACUGUUGGAUGAGCGUUACGUUAAGUUUAAAACUGAAGACGUGGUGGUUCCAACACUCUCUCCCAAUCGCAAUGUCACCAUUGUGCUCUCCUCCACCACUAAGUUGAUUGACAUCAUCAUAUGA